GGCUUAAGCAUGCGCCAGAGAUUUUAAAAGGUCUGAAGAGCGCGCCCAUUUAUUUUCUCAACAACUAUGUUUCCAUUUUGUUGGCAACAUUUUAUUUUAACAUGUCAAGUGUAGUUUGGGAUAUGAAAACAUUGAUGCAUUUCUGAAAUUGGUGUUUCCUCCAGAGGCAUUCCAGCAAAAGAGAAGCUGCUUUUUCAGAAAAUAGCAACAAACUCAGAAUAAACGAAAAGUUAUCUCGUCUAAUUUGCAAAUGUUCCUGCUUUCUGUAAGGAUUGCUACAAUGGUAGUAUUAUUUAUUUGAAUUUAUAAUCCAAGUACAUUCCAACGCGACUAAAUUCUCUAAUAAACUCACAUUGACGGAUAUACUUUCAGUAAAUGGUCAAUAAUCAUUCCCAACUCUCUAGUUUAUGCUGAUGAAUAACAUUGAGCUGUGUAAGUUCCCACGUUUGUUGUUUCAAUAAAUGAAAGGUUGCAUUUAUCUGCGUCAAAGCCAGUCCUUAAUGCAUCUAUUCAAUUUGCACAACAUACCUUGAAUGUCAUCAAUCUCCCUUCUCGUUCGGUCAGAAUAAACAGUUCGGUCUAAGAAAUUCACCAAGGAAUGUGGCCAAAUGUUUUCUUUCUGAAGACAGAUGUGGAAUGAUGAAGCUGUAAUUAUAUUGCAACUUUAUUGUGAGUUUUUACAAUUUACCGCAGUGAUUCCAAUAUACGCGGUUCAGGCAGGGUGAGUCUGGGGAGGGAAGGGUGGACUCAUGUUGGAGUUGCCUGCAUUACAACAACAACUGCAUUACCGACCCACGUUGGACAAUUCAGACACUAACAUGGGACUGCAUCGCUGCCAAUCUCUACAGGGCUUGUGAGAGCAGUGCAUGUAACUCCAGCCCAGACUGGGCAAGACGUCCGGGGGCUGUCUGAGCACUUACAAAUUUUCCUGGAGUUAGUGUCAAGGUUGAAGAGUGUGGGUGAUCUUCACACAGUGAUCGAGGUGGGGCCCUCUCUCCUGACGAGUGUUUCAAGGUUGAUAGCAAGGUGCUCUGCAAACGACACUGCAGCUGCCCCGGUGCAAACUGGUGACACAAUUGCUUCUCAUAUACAGCAUUUCCACCAAAUGCAUUUUUGUGGCUCCUGCCUGGUCUCAAAGCUUGCUAAAACAUUAUCGUGACAAUGGCCAAGGGCUUGGCAUCAACUUGCAAUCCUUAAUAGCUCAAUUAUUUUUGGUAAUUCCUCUUCUGCAUUCAGUGGGACUGCAUGAAGCAUGUUUUUACAGGCUAAUCUGUCUGCGGAUGAAUGCAGUAUUGGAUAACACCACGGGGGUUCCUUGUGAUGGAAAUCUAGGCAGUCUGCCAGUCUCUGCCUGAUACAUCCCCAGCUCUCCACCAACUCCUCAGGACUGCCCGCAGCCGUGUCGGACCAGGAUCCAAGUGCAAGUCUAAAACCAAGCAGGCAUCAACCGGAAAGCAUGUCCGUCCCAUCCAAGAAAAGUUGAAAUUUCCCAGUUACACCGAACUUUCCGGAUAAAUAAACUCACGAACAUAACCAAUAGGAUGGUUUUAAUCUCCUAGUGAGAUUAAAAUAGGAGGCGUCCUGUGUUUGAGAGUCCCAUUGGAAUCCUGCUGCCCAGAAGCUGACCGUUCGGCCCGUCUUUUCUGCAGCCGCUACCCAUUUUGGCUCACUUCUCUUGCAAAUCCUCCAGUGCGUCUCUCCACCAAGUUUCUGUUUCCAGUUUAGCGGUAUCGCAGACGCAGCGGGUUCCUGGCUGUGGGAGGACAGCGUGGCUGGAGCUCAGUGCUGAGCGUGUUCCCCCCGGCAGGAGCGUAGCCUCUGGGAGCCCAGUGCCCGGGAGGCGAGCCGUGACACAGGCGCUUGGAAAACUGUCGGGAAACCAUCUCUGCGUCACUUUGAGAAUGCUUUGGCUGGGCUGUGUGUGUGUGUGUUUUUUUUUAAUUGAAUCUCCGUGAAGGGUCAGAAAUUUGAGAAACCGUUUCAGAGAAAGGAUUUCUCCCCGUUAACCCCGACUAUGGAAUGCCAAAAUGCCUCCUCGCAUCGCAGGAACGAUCUGGUGGAUUUUCACGCUUAGCGCACGACUUUCAAACAGACUGAUCCACCAUGCCCAUCAUUUCCCGAAGCAGCGACAACGAUUACAGUAACUUGAGCGACACGUCUUGCAGUUCCCUGAGUCACAUUGCCCCAGCAAGUCAGCCGGAGGCGCCUCCGGUCAAGGGAGCCUUCUAUCAGCGAUGCAAGCGGAUCCAGCCGCGGGCAGGGCUCGGCGACACUCCCCAGCAGCACCUCAUCGUCAAUGUGGGGGGCAGCAGGUACCUGUUGCCCUGGAGUACCCUGGACGCGUUCCCUCUCACACGCCUCGGCCGGUUGAGGUCCUGCCGCAGCCGGGAGGAAAUCGCGCAGGUCUGCGACGAUUACGACGAGCGCUCCCGCGAGUUCUUCUUUGACCGGAGCCCGUGCGCCUUUCGCAUGAUCCUGACUUUCCUGUCGGCCGGCAAACUGCGCCUCCUCAGGGAGAUGUGCGCCCUGUCCUUCCAGGAGGAGCUGCUGUACUGGGGGCUGGAGGAGGGUCAGCUGGAGUGGUGCUGCCGCAGGAAGCUGCUGCUCAAAGUCCGGGAGCUGGCCGAAAUCCGAAGGGCGGAGGAACUCGAGGCGGACGAGGAGAGUGCCAGUGCCCUGGGCGAGAACACCAAACUGGGACACUGCAUGGACAAACUGAGAGACAUGGUGGAAAACCCCCAGUCAGGACUUCCUGGGAAAGUGUUUGCCUGCCUGUCCAUUAUAUUUGUCACGAUAACAGUGAUUAGCAUCUGCAUCAGUACAAUGCCAGAGCUGAGGACAGAAGAAGAAAGAGACAAAUGUUCCCAGAGAUGCUAUAACAUGUUUAUAAUAGAAACCAUCUGUGUGGCCUGGUUCUCCUUGGAAUUUGUCCUUCGGUUUAUCCAGGCACGAAGCAAAUGGCAGUUUCUGAGAGGCCCUUUGAACAUUAUUGACAUGUUGGCGAUCCUUCCGUAUUAUGUUGCUCUUGUGAUUGACAAAGGACCUGCUGACAGCAACAAACCUUCGGGAAGUAACAUCUAUUUGGAAAAGUUAGGCCUGGUCCUCCGAAUAUUGCGCGCCUUGAGAAUUCUGUAUGUCAUGCGUCUUGCCAGGCACUCCCUAGGACUUCAGACUUUGGGUCUUACAGUCCAUCGCAGCAUUCGUGAGUUUGGACUACUGCUCCUUUUUCUUUGUGUGUCGGUCACACUAUUUGCACCAUUGGUAUUCCUUGCAGAGAAUGAGAUGGGCAAAGGACAAGACUUCAGCAGUAUUCCUGCAUCUUACUGGUGGGCUAUCAUUUCCAUGACCACAGUUGGAUAUGGUGACAUGGUACCUCGAACAAUUCCUGGUCAAGUGAUAGCUCUGAGUAGCAUCCUUAGUGGGAUCUUAAUUAUGGCAUUUCCUGCAACAUCCAUUUUUCAUGCAUUUUCCCGUGCAUAUUUGGAGCUUAAACAAGAACAAGAUAGAGCACAAGCCCGUCUGAAGUACAUCCAAAAGGCAGCAAAGCAGGCAGAAAAUGAAGAAUUAAGUGACACAAACAAUGCUUCUGCAGACCCAGAUUGUUAAUGCAUUUAAUGACGUGGAGAAAACAGUAUUUUAAUAAUUUGUAAUUUUAUCAAUUUAUUCACUCAUGAUUUUCACUUGUGCUGUACUGCAUAGAAUAUAUAUCUCAGAAACAGACAAUUCAGCUCAUUGAGUAUGUGCUACAAGAUUCCUUCCAUUUCAUCUACCUCAACUCAGCCUUUCUGUAUAUAUUUCUAUUCAAUUAUUGUCUCAAUUAUCCAAUUAAUUUCGAUAACAGCUAAGCUAAUGGCCUCAACCAGUUCCUGUGAGUGCAAGUAAUCAUUCAACUCGCUACAUACAUAAAGACAUUUCUUAUGUCUGUAUUGGAUUGAUUAAUAACUAUCUUAAAUCUUUGUCCCCGUUGUUUUGGAUUCUCUUACAAGUGGAAAACUAUGGAUUUGGGUGGUGCAGGAAUUUAAAUCAUAAAACAUCUGAAUGAAAAAUCCAACCUACCUCAAAGCUGUGACUUCUGGUUUUAACUAAACACUUCUUAUUGGGAAUGGGGCCAUCUCUAAAACCCUUUUAAGGAGAGCCUCCAUUUUAAUAACUUUAACUUAUGUCGACUAGAUUUCCAUGGUCUUUAGAAAGCAAGCAAGUGAAAGUCCUAAAUUUGACAGAUAAGUGCCUAUACAGUACUGCUUUGGAUCAAGAGGGCCAGGAAUAUUUCUUUCCAGUUCAGCAAGCUUAUACUGUGAAGCCCCUGUGAUCUGUCUCACCACUCUGAUUAGACCCCAACCUCCACAGAGAUUGUCAUUUCUCAUCCUCCACAAUCGGUCUGUCUGGCCAUCAUUUCCGGUCCUAACAAUGAUCACCCAUCGAUCAUCUAUUCCACAUCCAGCCAUAGUGUCUCCUCUGGCCUUCAACUGCACCCACCCAAAAAGUUCUCCCAUAUUAGGUAAGCAGGCACCAAUUAUUAGAUACCUUGAGAAUGUAAUUCUGGGAUUUACAUAUUAAAAAACCUAAAUCAUCAUAUCCCAUUCUA